UGUUUCUCAGCCGCCACCGCUAGUCGCUGCUACUGUCGCCACUGCUGCUACUGCUACUUCCUGUACUUUCCCAUCCAAAUGGAGCCACAAUGACAACAACAAUAGAAGAAGAAGGUGUGGGCACUUGAUUCGAUGCCCGUCCAAGUCCUGCUCUCCGCCGGGCGCAACCCAACGCUUCUGGAUCACACCGUCUGUUUAUUUCACACUUCACUCUCUCUUGCCAUUGUUACAACAAAACAACGAUAAAAACUGCUUUAUAGAUCUUAUUCAUUCAUUAGUAUUUCUUCAGUGUAUAGUGCUGUGUGUGUGUGUGUGUGUAUAUAUGUAUAUAUAUUCUUUAUUAUAUAUACAUAGUAACUGGACACACAUUAACCACAUAAAGUGCAUCGUUUAAAGAGGCAUCACACACACACACACACAUGUAUAUAUACACACAUCGCUAAGUUCUGUCAACAUUCUCCUGUUACAAGCGCAACUUGAUCUCCAUCUAAAUGGCUGUCUUCUACUGCUGUCCUGCCAACUGUUUAUAUCGAUAUAAAGUUACGCUGAAGAGCACGUUCCACCAUCAUCUCCACCACCAGAACUACAACACCUCUGAGGAGAAUCUACCAAAUCUUGUCAGCUGUGAGCUUUGUCAUCAAUAAAUUGAUUAGAGAGAAAGAGAGAGAGAGAAGAGGAAAUUAAUUUAAAGAAAGAAAAAGAUUUUAUUUUAGAAAAAAUAUUUAAUGAGAAUUGUAAAGUUUAUUGGGAUAUAUUUGUAGAGGAACUGAAGUAAAAAGGACUUUUGGAAGGUUUUCCUGUCAAACGGGUGAUCACCAUGUAUUCCGACCAACCCAUAUAUCCUACAAUGGUGCCACCACCAAACUAUCAUACUUGUGGUCUCCAUCUGCAAGACAGCAAUGACAACAGCAACAAUAAUGGUAAUAACAAUAACAGCAACAUUCCUGGUAGCAGUGACGAGACAAGUGAAACGAGGGAGGGUUCCAGCAGUCGGAAAUCAGUGGCCAUGCAGGAGCAGCCGGUUUAUUAUAAUCACAAACAUGGGGAGAAGCCGUACAAGUGCAACACGUGUCGCAAGGCUUUCUCGAGACGAGCGGAUCUGAACAAUCACGAAGUAGCGUUUGCUGGGGGCAAACAUUUUAGUUGUGCGUACUGCUGCAAGGCAUUUUGUCAACGGGCCCACCUGAAGAGCCACGAACGCAUCCAUACAGGUGAGAAACCAUUCCAGUGUGAGUCAUGUCCGAAGUCGUUCAGCCAAAAGAUCCACCUGAAAGUCCACGAGAGGGUCCACUCGGGAGAAAAACCCUAUCGAUGCCACAUGUGUUGCAAAGCGUUUGCUCAAAGGGACCACUUGAGUAACCAUCAACGCGUCCACACGGGGGAGAAACCUUUCAGCUGCACGUUCUGUUUGAAAGCGUUCAGUCAGCGUGCGCAUCUGAGGAACCACGAAAGGGUCCAUACGGGGGAGAAGGCGUUCAGCUGUUACAUCUGUAACAAAACGUUUAGUCAGAGAACUUACCUGCGUAACCACGAGCGGAUUCACACUGGGGAGAAACCAUUCAACUGUGACGUGUGUUUUAAGUCGUUUAGCCAGAAAGCCCACCUCAACACACAUGAACGCAUUCACACAGGCGAAAAACCAUUCAAGUGUCACGUGUGUAAGAAAGCGUUCAGCCAGCGCGACCAUUUGAACAAUCACCAAAGAACUCAUACUGGGGAGAAGCCAUUUACCUGUGUGUACUGUCACAAAUCAUUUAGCCAAAGAGCUCACCUGAACACUCAUGAACGAACCCAUACAGGUGAGAAGAUACCGUCACCAUGUUGUCAGCCGGCUCCAGCUACGACCUGUUUAGUCCAUAGCUGCAAAGCAGCAUCGCCGGUUGUUCCGACCUGCUGCUCCGCACACAAAGUCACUCCCAAACGGAACAAUGAACCAAAGAUUCAAAACCGACACCCAAACUACUGCAAUCACCACCACCACCAUCACCAUUACCACCACCACCACCACCAUGCUGAAUCGCAGGAGUCUGGUGAGAAGUCGUUGGCGGCCAAUCAAGACACCAACAGGAAGACCUACACUCCUCGAGGAGCGAGUUCCACAAAGAACAGCGGCCAUUGCGAGCAUUCUUCAUCUCAGCCGGUAGAGAUCCCACCCGCAGCGACGGCCCAGCAACAACCACCACCCCCAGCACCGCCACCACCACCACCACCACAACCACAACAACAACAACAGCAGCAGCAACAACAACAACAGCAGCAGCAGCAGCAACAACAACAGCAACAGCAGCAACAACAACAGCAGCAGCAGCAACAACAGCAGCAGCAGCAGCAACAACAACAACAACAGCAGCAACAACAGCAACACCCAACUCCGGCACCACCUUCCACCCCGCAUGCUUCACAGCUCUCCCCCAUCGCCAACCCUAGUAACAUGGGAAGGGGCAGCAACAAUGGUGGCGGUGGUGGUGGUGGUGGUGGUGGUGGUGUUGGGGUUCAGCAGCCAAACCCACCCACCCUGAUCCUGCAGCCAUUGAGUAUCCCGUCGACAUGCAGUCACCAGACCCUUCAGAACUGGGAAAACAGCUAUUCCUGGGCCAGAGGUUUCCCUGCCAUGUCCCCUACCUGGGGCACAGGUUGGACUAAUUCCCCCAGUGUCUUCCCAUGUACUUUGAGACAGAGCAAAUAGUCAGGCUCCCAUCUCUGCCCCCUGCUUCUUUUCGUCUUCAUUUCAUCCUUCAUUUUUGACAAACACCAAACCAAAGGACACCUCUACGUUAACCAUACACAAAUACAUCCUAAACUACACACUUCAUACACACACACACACGGAUAUGUAUGUUUAUAUAUAUAUAUAUAUUCACAUACACACUUGUAUAUAUGUGUAUGUCAUAUGUAAACAGAGUUACACAUCCAAACCAAAGUUUUGUUCAUCUCUGUCAAACUAUACACAUCCUCAAAUUUUGUGUACAAUCGACCAAAAAGCCAAUUAUUAUUAUUAUUAUUAUUAUUAUUAUGAUCAUUAUUAUUAUUAUUACUUAAGGUGGCCAGCUGGCAGAAUUGUUAGUACGCCGGGGAAAAUGCUGCCAAGCAUUUUGCUUGUCUUUAUAU